AUGGACAGUCUUCAGCUUGUUCGUCAGGCAAAUGCCGCCGUCCGACAGCGACGUCGUAAGCUGGUGGCUGUGUUUGUGGGAGGAACCAGUGGCAUUGGGGAAGCAACGGCGAAACAACUCGCAAAGACAAUCGAGUCGCCAACACUCUACAUCGUCGGUCGUAAUGCGUCGUCUGGCUCCCGGAUACUUAAGGACCUUCAAGCACUGAAUCCCCGCGGAAACUUCGAGUUUAUCAAGUCCGACGUAUCCCUACUUCGCGAGGUGGACACAACAUGUCAAGCAAUCAAACAGAAAGAGAGCGUAGUGAACCUACUAUUUAUGACUCCAGGUCAUCUGGCAACUCGAAAGAAUGACACGGUGGAAGGACUCGACAACAACCACGUGCUCCGCUACUAUGCGCGAAUGCGAUUUAUCCAUAACCUCCUCCCUGAACUAAAAGCCGCCGAGAUUCCUGCCAGAGUAAUCAGUGUAUUGGCAGCUGGCAAGGAAGGCGAGAUCGAUGAGAGCAACUUCGACCUACAGGUGUCUUUCUCCUUCGGCACGGCGGCAACAUACGGCGCGACCAUGAACUCGUUGGCGAUGGAAUACCUGGCAACUCAACACCCGUCGGUCAGUUUUAUCCACGUCUUUCCGGGGGUUGUGCGAACACCAUUGAUGAAGGCUAGCUUUGGAUAUCUCCUUGGCUCGGUAAUUGGGCUUGUGACCAGGCUUAUGGCAAUCUCGGAGCAGGAGAGCGGCGAGCGCAAUGUAUUUAUCGCUACUUCUCCCGCUUACCCACCUGUUGCGCGUGCUGCGAAGUCGAUAGAUGGUGUUAACGUUGCAAUCUCUUCGAUGGGCAAAGUCGGUGGUGGAUCAUAUCUGCUCAACUAUGAUGGAAAGGACGUGACAAAUCAGAAGUUAAUGGAGGGCUACCGCGACAAGGGCUAUUCCACGAAGCUAUGGGAUCAUACGCUGGAUGUAUUUGAACGGGUCCUUGGAUCAAAUGCUUAA